UCACGGUCCUACGGUCCUGGCGGGUAUCAGCUCUUUUCUCCAUACAAGACAACUACUCGCCACAGCGCCAUCUUACGAAUUAAUUACGCCCUCGGAACUACUCGAAAAGCUAUGCCACAGCUUCCGUAAAGCAGCGAUGGUACAAAAGACACCAAGGAACCUCGUACUGACAGAUACCUUGAGGCGCCAUGGACGGCCACGCCGACGCGACUGAGCAGGUCGCAAUCGCCAAGCUCGACCCCACCCUUCAAAACCUCCAGUCCUGCUACUUCAAAGCAGUAGUAACGCUCAUAUGGCCCUACAGCUCCUCGAAUAAGACGCUUUCCGUGCUUCUGGCCGAACCGGACUUUCGUUUGCGCCAAAGUAGAGGCCAAGUCAAGGUCAGGUUCGCGGGAUCGUGCGCGAAGCAUGUUUUUGAUGCGGGGAUAGGGAGCGGAGAUGAGUUGGUCGUCAGCUUGAAUGGGGCUGAGUGGAUACCUGAGAGUGCGAGUGCUGCGCAAAUGGCUGGUAGGGGCAUCGAGUGGGAGCUGAAGUUUGCGGAGCGGCUGGUGCUUCAGAUUCGAAAGUGCGAAAGCGGAAAUAUUGCCCUGCUUAACCUCGACAAUCCCCCAGAAGAGCCCGAACCAGACCGAGUCGCUGAAAUCGAGACGCCACUUGAAAACCCGUCGCCCCCAGGAAGCCCAAUUCCAACAGCACGUCAUGAUCAGCUACUUGCGGAGGAGACUGGCGAGUGGUCAUCACCGGCAUUCAUAAAGCGCGCUCGGCUAUCCUAUGGGUCGUUCAUUGGGAAGGAUUUUGAGGCAUUCAUAGAAGAUGAUGGCUCUAUCCCAGGAAAGGGCAGAAAACGGUCGAGGUUUGGCCGAAAGUCAGGGGAUUGGAGAUAUAUCAGCCGUUCUCCAAGUCCAGAAGAGGAGGUCGAGGUCGGAGAGCCAGCUGUGCAGGAACCGGUCCCAGAAAAGGUGAAGCCUACAAUGACGGACGAAGGCUGUCAGACAGACGGCCUAGAAUACAGCGAAGAGAUGCAGGAGUUUUUUAGACAAUCUCAAGCUGCGGGCAGAGAGGCAAGACCGCCGGUACCUACAGCUCUACAAGACACACGGAUGGAAUUUGCAGAGGACCAAGGCAGACCACCGAUCCCACCGUUUGACGCCUUCCCGGCUGGGCAGGCACAGCCAGCUUCACAAUCAAUGGAGCCAAAUGGAGUCACCGCACAAUGGCCGGAGUCAAUAUUCCGGGAUAUGGGAUUCUCGAAUGGAUCUGUGCCCGACAUGAAUCUGAGGCCUAGUCCACCCUUUGAACAACCUAGGUCUCACAGCCCACAGGCUCCACCUACAGCACCCAUGUUUGGAAACUAUCAAGAAGAUGAAAGGAAUGGACUCUUUCAAGCGCCAUAUCCGCCGGAUCAGCCAAUACUACUACACCAUGGCCUUCCCCUCGAGACGGAUGAUCUUUAUAACGAACACCCGAACGAGGCCCUUGAAGAAGCUAGAGAUUCUACCGCCUCGCAAUUUGCCCAAGCCGCCCAGUCUUUCUAUCCAGAACUGCCAGAUGUUUCCAUGGAAACACCUGCCCAACCGGCAUGGGAGUCUUUGACUCACGUCCCUGGGGAAAAUGCUCCCAGCACCUUCGAGGUACCCAAUGCCGCGAGCAGAGAGGCAUCUGCACCACGAUAUAGCCAACCCAGCACACCGAAAUACCGUUUAGAUGAACUCGGUCAUGUAGUCGUGACCAACGAAGGCGAAGAAGAUGAAGAAGAAAGCGAAGAAGAAAGUGACGAAGGUGACGAAGAAUUGGACCACCGUCAAAUCGGCUCUGAUGAAGAAAUAGAACGAGAUGAGUCUGGUGAGGAAAUCGAAAUAAGGCCUAGGCAAGACCCCGAGCAGUAUUAUCGCCAGCAACAAUUUCCCGGCGAGCAAGGAGGUGUGGCCGCGGAGCAGAGAUACAGUAAUGAGGAAGGCGAAAGCGAGCUCGACGAGGAAGCUCAUCCAUCCGAAGAACAAGAGUUCUCAGACGAUGACGAGGGUAGCGAGAUGGAUAGUGCAGAAGAAGCUCUAUAUGCGGAGGAAGGCGAAGAAUUCGAAGAAGGUGAUCACUUUGAUGAAGAUGGCGAAGGGCGCUACGAAGACGAAGAGAUGAGCGAAGAGGAUUUAGGACCUGUUCAUCAGCAACAUCAGCAACCCGCAGCGAAGUCUGAGCCAGUAUUUAUAGAUCUUCUAUCAUCGGAUGAUGAGGAGGAACAGCCGAAGCCUUCGCCCAAGCCGCCGCUUGUUCAUAAAGAUUCAUCUUUUGCGGAUGUAGAGGACAAUGUACAAGAUAAUGUAAUGGAAGACGAGGAAUCCGGCGAAGAUGCAGAAGCAGACUUCGAGGAAGAGUCGGAGGAAGAAGAAAUGGCCAUCGGACAUCCAGGCGAUGAAGAAAGCGAGGAAUCUGAGGAGUCUGAAGGCUCUGAGGGCCCAGAGUUAGAAGGAGAAGAACCAAGCGCUACAGAAGUAUGGCAGCCUGGUACUCCACAGGCCACAGAAAUGCAGAACGAGAUAGAGAUGCAAGAUGUGCCCGCUGUUACUCUCCCUCCUAACCCUGACAACGCAAACUUGUCAAUGGUGGAGGAGGUGGGCGGCUAUGAAGACGAAGAUGACACCAUGGAAGGAGGUCUUGUCGAACAGCGCUUCAUGGAUGGUGCAAACGAUGUACCUACAGAGUCGAGGGCUACGAAAGAGAAAACGCCUACUUCUCCCCCGGCUGAAGAAAUCCGAGUCGAGGCAGCCGAAGAAGAAGUCACCGAAGACAUGACUGCACAGCAACAGCCAGUCGAGAUGGAACUUGACCAGGAAGCUCAAGAACCUGAAGUCGCUAACGUUCGAGCAAGUCUGGAUGAACAGCUUCAGGCUAAGCAACUUGAGGAUGAGCAACUUGAGGAUGAGAACCUCCAGGAGGAACAACUCGAGGAGGAACAGCUUGAGGAGGGACUUGGACAAAAAAACGCGUCUCCAGCGGAUGUCAGAGAGGGUGCUUCACUUGCCGAAGUAACUUACCCCUCUUUGCCUCGGGACGAAAGCAGUGCUAUCGAAACGCAAAAGACGUUGCCUGAUGAGCCCCAACAAGAAGAAGAUGCCGAUGACGAUAUUGAACUAAUAAACGCGCAAUUGAUGACACCGGAUGCCACUCAAGUAUCUUCCACGAUUCCACAAGAUGCAUCAUUCACGACCUCGACCGAAAAGCAACCACAAAACGACGCCACAACUGACAACGUCGUGACGGAUGAAGUCGUACAGAACAGCGUCGAAGCCACAGAACCGAUAAAGGAGAAGCUCGUCGAAGUCACGAAACGAGUCACCAGAUCAGCGAAGGCGACAACGGAAACUCUCCAGCCUCCAGCCACGCCAACGACGGAUAAGAAGAUGAGCCUCCGGUCAGCCACUUCUCCCGUAAGUACGCGAACAGAUCGAUCCCCGUCGUUGGUGACGGGCGCACCGAGCACACGGAAGGACCGCGAUACUCAUCCUGCAUCGAAGGCUCUCAGCCCCUCAGAAAAGUCGCAGCCAUCACCACAGACUCCAAAACACAACCUUCGAUCAAAACCAUCAACAUCACCCACCGGCACGCGCAUCACCCGAUCUCAAGAUCGCGCCGAGGCCCCAGCAACGCCUAAAGUCGCCGCCGCCAGCCUACCAACCGCCACCAAAGACGUCAUACCUCCCUCCAGACAGCUGCCCACCACCCCUCAAAAACCCCCCACGCAGCCUCUUUCUGAAACCGCCCUCCGCGCCAGCCUCACAAAAGCCCUCCGAACCAACCUCAGCGACUUCACACCCCUCAAAGUACUUCGCCACAACCUAGGCAAACGCCUCGACGUCCUCGCCAUCGCCACCACCGCCCCUCCUGAAGCCCAGCGCGCGAAACACGGCCCGCGACACUACCACCUCCGCUUCAACAUCACGGACCCCUCCAUCGCACCCACCGGCGUCGUAGAGAUCCAAGUCUUCCGGCCCUACAAGGAGGCUCUCCCCGACGUCGAGGUCGGGGACGGCGUCCUGCUACGCAAUUUCUCCGUCAAGGCGGAGAAGGAUAAAGGGUUUGCGCUUCGCAGUGAGGAUAGUAGCAGCUGGGCUGUGUUUAAGCGGGAGCGCGUGACGGAGUGUCGGGGGCCGCCGGUGGAGAUUGGAGAGGGCGAGGAGGAGUAUGUGGCGAGGUUGAAGGAGUGGUGGGGGAGUAGGGGGGAGGAGUUUUUGGCGAGGUUGGGGAGGGUGGGGGAGAGUCCUUCGAGCGCGAAGGGGAAGAGUAAGGGGAGGGCGUGAAUGGUUGGAUAGAUGGUUGCAUGAUUGACAUAGAAAGCUCUGGAUUAGAGUUGUGGGGGUGAUAUCUGGAUACGGAGAAUUUAGCAGUCGACUUGCUGUAGAUCCAGACAUAAUAUUAUACAGCCCUUGGGCUAUGAUGAAGUUUUGACUAUUCCUAAAAGAAGCAAAAUUUACUUUAACAAGCCUGGCAUAAACACCAGGCAGCCUCUGAGUAGCCUACUAUGGUCCUAAGCCACAGGCCAAGAAGGGCAUCGACACAUACGUUAGGCGAUAUUCUAACAGGAUAAGUCCCAAUACUUCAAUGGUCAAGAGAGAAACGCGACGGCGGUAAUCAUAACAUCUCCCGAGACAUGGGAAUUGCACAACCAUUGAGUUGCAUAGCUAGGCUGGAGAUUAUAGAGGUCUCCAUCACGGACUAUUCUCGAUUCUGUGCUGUUAUUGUCACCGCUGAGCUGCUGCCGCACAGAGCUGCUGUCACCGCAAAGCUAUUGUCCCAAAAGACUCCUGUCGCCGGAGAGCUAUUGUUAUCGAGUAAUUCUCGUUACUGCCCUCCUAUAUAUGCCUCACAUCAGUAUAUAUCGCUAUUCGCUUUCUCAGCAGUCCAUUUCGGUCCGAUGAAUGGUACUAACAUGGCCCAUGACAGGUUCUAGGUUUCUGGUGACGUGAUGAUCGUUGAUGCCCUAUCCUACUGCCCGAUAAACGAAGAGUCCUGUUCGUAAGUCUUUAUAUGAUGCAACCACACGCGUUGGAUCACCAAACGUACGACAUCACUCCUUGCACGCAAAAAGGGAGAAAGGUCACUGGCAAGGAGAGCCGAGACAAGAGACGAG